UGCACCCCACGUCCCAUUACAACUCCCCAACGAAAAAGCUACUCCAAGAUUCAUCUGCACCCUUUCAGCUAAGGGAAGAUCAGAAAAACCCUUUGUGUCGUCUGUUUCCUGCAGGAAGGGUUUUUCCUUUUCCAUGUUGUUGUCGGAAUCUUGAUGAACCAAAAUUAAAUGUUCUUAGUACUUGUUCUUUUCUAGCAGCAUUUGAUCAUCCAAGAUGGUUAAAGAAGAGGGCGGCAUACAAAAAGCCAGGUCCUUCCACUUUCGGAAGAUGUUUGAUCGACAGUCCCAUAAUGUCGUUCAUGAGCAUGCAAGUAUAAGAAUUGAUGAAAGAAUACAAUUUAUGAAUGAAAGUGCAGCAGUGGCAACUGCCUUCAUAGUUGCUCAGCAGAUUUGCCUCUCUCCACUGCAGAAAGAUGGAGCUAAGAAAGAUAAGCAGGCUUCAGAUAUGGAAUUGAUGAAGGAAAGAUUUUCUAAGUUGCUUCUGGGAGAGGACAUGUCUGGUGGUGGGAAGGGUGUUUCUUCGGCUUUGGCCCUCUCCAACGCCCUAACGAAUCUUGCAGCUUCUGUUUUUGGGGAGCAACGGAAGUUAGAGCCGAUGUGUGCAGAGAGGAAGGCAAGGUGGAAGAAAGAAAUUGACUGGCUUUUAGCAGUUACAGAUUACAUAGUCGAACUCGUUCCUUCUCAACAGAAGUCGAAGGACGGGACUGAUAUGGAGAUAAUGGUGGCACAACAACGACGAGACCUUCUUAUGAACAUUCCGGCCUUGCGCAAGCUUGAUUUAAUGCUCCUUGAUAUCCUGGAUAACUUCACGGAUGAGCAAGAAUUCAGGUACGUGUCGAGAGAUGCAGAUGAGUCCGAACAAGGGACCCUAAGUGAUGAGAAAUGGUGGCUACCGACUGUAAAGGUUUCCCCAGACGGCCUAUCAGAAGAAUCGCGACAAUUCUUGCAAAAGCAAAAGGAAUCUGUAAAUCAAGUCUUGAAAGCAUCCAUGGCGAUAAAUGCUCAAAUACUCGCGGAUAUGGAGAUCCCAGAUAACUACAUUGAAUCCCUCCCUAAGAAUGGUAGAGCAAGCCUUGGUGAAUCGAUCUACAAAAGCAUUACUGAUGAGUUGUUCGACCCCCUACAGUUCCUUUCGACAAUGGACUUGUCAUCAGAGCUCAAAGUUCUUGAUCUAAAGAACAGAAUUGAGGCAUCUAUUGUGAUAUGGAAAAGGAAGAUGCAUCACAAGGAUGGGAAAUCUUCUUGGGGUUCAGCUAUAAGCUUCGAGAAAAGAGAGCUUUUUGAAGAACGAGCAGAGAUGAUUUUGCUCCUACUCAAACAAAAAUUCCCAGGAAUCCCUCAGUCCUCACUCGAAAUAAGCAAAAUCCAAUAUAAUAAAGAUGUAGGCUUGUCUAUACUCGAGAGCUAUUCAAGAGUGCUGGAAACAUUGGCCAACACGGUGAUGUCCCGUAUUCAGGACGUUCUGUAUGCCGACUCUAUGGCUCAAAAUCCAUCACUUGCAGCGGCGACACCAAAGCAGUUGGGCGAUUCCAUGCCAUCACCGACUUUGAGUUGCUACUCGAGCCCCCUGGCAGAGGCAGAGAAGUUGUGUUCUGCUGCAGAGACACCAACUUCAAUGAAACUUUCAGAUUUCAUGGGGUGGAAGAUGGGAUUAUCUGAGACUGAAAUCAAGAAGAAUCAUUCAUACUGUAACUUAGAGUCUUAUGCUAAGACUGAAGAGGACAAUAUGAUGGCCAAGCCUCCAAAUAUUACCACUAAGAAGUUUUCAUAUAUUGACAAGAUUGAGAUGACUGUUUUGAGAAGUCCGGCAGCUCGCCAUUAAACACUGAUGAACAAUGAAGUGAUGUGCAAAAAGAGGUGGUAGAAAAGUUUGUGUUUGAUCAAUUGCAUAGAUACUCAGGAUGAUUGAAGAGUCAGUUGAGUUAGUUUACAGACAUGGCUGCUCAUCCUUCCAGCCGUGGAUAGGGAAGUAUAAAUCACUCGUAUGUCGGCCUCGAUCAGAGCAAGACCAGUUUUUCUUUCCCUUUUUUCUUCCCCCAACUUCUUGUGUAGUUUUUAGGUGGUGGGAUCUUGUUUACAUGCUGACAUUUCAUUUCUUUGUUUGACACGAUGACUGUUCUCAUGGUUUGGACAACAUGUUUCUUGAUUA